GCCGGUGACGCUCGGUGACAGUCGCGGAGAUGGCCAACCGGUGGCCGACGCUGGCCGCGCUGGCCGCGCUGGCCGUACUGGCAGCGCUGGCCCCAGCGGCGGCGUUCGAGCAGUGGGACACGGUGCCGGGCCGCGGCGGCCAGCCCGUCUGCAUCACCAUCCCGCACAACAUGACGCUGUGCCGCGGCAUCGGCUACUCGAUGAUGAAGCUGCCCAACCUGCUGGACCACGACAGCCUGUCGGAGAUCUCUCAGCAGGCGGCCUCGUGGGUGCCGCUGCUGAACCUGCGCUGCGACCCGGACGCGCAGCUGUUCCUGUGCUCGCUGUUCGCGCCCAUCUGCAUGGAGCAGCACAUCUACCCGUGCCGCAGCCUGUGCCAGAAGGUGGAGCACAGCUGCGGCGCCCGCAUGCAGCAGUACGGCUUCCCGUGGCCGGACAUGGUGCGCUGUGACCAGUUCCCGGCCGACAACGACAUGUGCAUCACGGCCCAGUCGGGCAAACAGCCCUCCGAGAAGGUGACUCGGUGGCAGGAUGACGGCGGCGGCCCGCUGGUGAUCCAGGAGCCGCCGUCGGAGGCAUGCAACGCGUGCAACCAGCCAGAGACCAAGGAGAACAUGCUCGACCACUUCUGCCGCUCGGACGUAGCGGUGCGGACCCGGUUCCGCCGGGUGCGGCCCGACCGCAUCCUGGCCGGCAAGGCGCGCUUCUUCAAGCCGCAGCUGUCGGCUGUGAACCGGACGGAGCGCCGCAGCCUGCGGCGGCCCGUGUUCCGCUGGACGCACGACUCGGCCUGCUGCCCGCAGCUGCAGGAGCGGCGCACCAAGUACCUGGUGAUGGCGCGCAGCGAGGGCGACCAGCUGGUGCCCACCUUCAUCACCCCUUGGAAAAAGACGCCGGUGUUCCGGCAGGUGCGGCGUCUGCUGCGGAACCUGGACUGCUCCGACCAGCGGGCCAUCCGGCAGGCCAUGCUGCCGGCGGCCGCCUCCGGUCCGCCGCCCACCGGCCGGCCGGGCCCCCGCCGGCCGCGGCCCGGCGGUCGGCCCAGGCCGGCCGGCGGCCGCGGCAGGCCCAGAGGCCGGGCCCGGCCGGGCCGCGUCAGGCCCACCGGCGCUCCCGGCGACCCGGCCCCGUCCCGCGGCGGCGCCGAGGCCGGUAACCGAGCCCGCCGGGCCACGGCCCAGUUCUCAGCGCGCGGCCCGGCUGCGGUGUGCGUGCGUGUGCCGCAGUGA